AUUGUUAAUCCGAGUCUUUUACGCCUGAACUUAGUAAUAACCAUUGAACACCCUCGAACAAUGAAUAGCAAUUGCUGGAUCUUGUCAUUUCCAGAUGAGAUUCUCAAUAUAAUAUUCUACCAUCUCAACCAGGCAACCACCAUGCAGGCUAUGCUUGUAAAUAAGAAAUUUUACCAAAUUGGCAAAGUGAAACUAUACCGUUGUAUAUAUGUUCUUGGUAGUCAAUGGCCACCGCUAGCUAUUGACGCAAAAGCUGACACUUCAUUUCAUCGAGAAUUCACGAUUAUCAACACUUGGGAACAAUUAGAAGUAUUGUAUUUGCUGUCACGUAUGAAUUUGGUUCGGUAUAUAUUAUGUCGCGGCGAGCAGCUUGAGUUUAAACAAGCUAUUACAGAGAAUUGGCCAUGGAUUAGGGUAGAAUUGGAACAAUGUUUCGAUGGAGAAGAGGAAUCUAUAGAUGCUCUCAAGACUGACUUCACCAAGGAAGUGAUUAUGUCUAAUUACUUGCCGUUGGAACAAGACAACUAUACUGCGAAAAGUAUGAUUAUUGAAAAUGAGUGGUCGGUGUCUACCAAUAUUUUGGAUAUAGUUCCUCAUAUGAAGGGACUUGAAAGGAUCGAGAUUGUUGGAAGAUCCGAGAAUCUGCUUAAGAAUUUGAAAUUAACAAGCAAGACUCCGCUACACAUUAAAUGGUUGUGUGUUUCCUUAUUGGAGGUAGAUUACAUAGACUACAGCGAAUUGCAAAGGUUGUUUGACUUGAGUGAAAUCACAUCGUUUGAAAUUCACUUGGCAUAUUUAGACGAAGCCAGCGAACAUGAAAAUGAGCUACAAAGGUUAAUGAAGAAAUGUACCAACCUAAAGAACCUAUCAUUUGAAACAACUGCCAUGUUGUUUUUCCCAAAUAUAAUGAGUACUUUACAAAAACACUCUUUAGAAAAAUUGUACAUUGCAUGUGCUAGCCACCCGCCUUUGCGCAGUUACUACUUGGACUUGUACAUGCUUAAUCAAACAAAUUCACUAACGGAAUUACUUGUUAGUUCGACAACCGAAGGACGCUGGUCAUUCCAAGAAUUUGAUCGGGUUUAUAAAAUAGAUCGAGAACAAGAAGAAGAUAAUACCCAACCGGAAGAACUUAAACUACUCCGAGAUUUCAUGAGAGAAAGUGACACGCCUCAUCCCAAAUUACGACAUAUUGUUCUUGAUCGUAAUCAUUAUGCUAUUACAAAUACCGAACACGGUGUCCAAGUUGACCCCAUGAACUAGAUAAGCCUCGUCCCCUGGUUGGUUGUGCUACUGUCUCGUUUAAGUAUUUUGUUUUCCAUUUCUAUAUGCAGUACGUCCGCUCCGCA